AUGAAUAGUAAUAAUUAUAAAGUAAUAUCAUUGAAUAAUGAUGAUUCUUUUUAUGAUAAAUCCAAAAAGAUUGAGUUGGAAGAGGAUGGUAAAGAGGUAAAUGUCUAUUGGUACUCUGAUGGUGACAAAUGUGUAGAUGAUAUUAAAGAGGAGCUAAAGGCAUUGGAAGAACAAGAGAAAAAAUUAAAUGAUAAACUUAAACCUUACUUGGAUGAAUUGGCAAAAUUAAAAGAGGAAUCAAAGAAAAAUAUUGAUAAACUUCAUGUUUAUAAUGAAAUAAAAGAAUCUUGUCAAAUGAUGUUUGGCAAAAUAGCAAUUCUUGAUGGUAAAACAAUUAAACAAGUUUAUAAAGAGUUUGAUAUGGAAUUAGAAGACUAA